AUGAUUCAACGAUUGAGUGAUCCAACCUCGACCCUCGAAGCACAACUUGGUACGGAUCCACAGCACAUUCUAGCCAGCGCCACACCUCUCCACGGAGAAGACUUGAUCAAUCCCUUCUCUCCUCCUUCCUCUCUUCGAAUUCAAGACUUGUCCCCUCUUCGAAAUUACAAACAACAACGACAAGCUUCUGUUGGAUCUCCACAAUCCAAAAUUCUCAAUAACAACCAUUCAUCACCUUUGAAACAACAACUUGCAACUCCUCAAAAAAGACAAUCCCCAAAUUCCAACCUUUCCAAAACUUUGAAGAAAUCUCAAAUUAUUCAUUCUCGAUCUCGUGCCUUUGAGAAAUCUCCUGAAGGUUCUCAGUUUUAUAGAAAUCAAUCAGUAUUGUUUGAUUUGAAUUCUCCUUUGGAAAAUAAGGAAAAUGACAUGGAAAUUAGUCCAGGAAAUGAAUCGUCUCCAAAAUCUCUAAAUUUGGGAAACAAGACUCAAUCGACUUCUCCUUAUAGAAAAGUAUUGAGUCCCAUCUCACCGAAUCAACUCAUGGAAGACUCUCCUCAGAAUCAUCCUUCUUCAACUCACACGUUGACUGAUCUUCAACGUAAAAAACCAGCUUCCAGAUAUUCUCCAUAUAUGGUAAACAGUCCACAACAACCAUCCAAAUCCUCUCUUCGUUCCAUGAAUCAUCAUCAUUCACCUCGCCUCAAUCACUCUCCUCUUCUCAGAUUUGCCACUACCACUGGUUCUCAAAAAAAGAAAUCUCCAUUGUACUUGUCUUCUCAACAUCAUGUGAAAACUCCAAUUCAUCAUCGAAAACGAAAUCCCUCUCCAAAGAAUUCAAUUUCUCAGCAACAACACUCUUCCAACAAUAACCAUCCAAACAACAAUCAUACUCUGCCAGUGACCAUGAAACCCAUUCAAUUCGAACCUCCCACGUCAAGUGUCAAUGAUUGUUCUCCAAUUGCAUCGUGUCAACAACCAAAAGCAAAUUCUUCUAAUGCUCGCUUCGUUCAAUCUCCAUUCAAAACUCCAAGUUAUUACAAAAAGAGACAAGCAUUGGCUGAGGAUCUUUCCUUGGCCUAUGAAGAUUCUUAUUCUCGAAGCGCGAAAAAGAAUGCAUUGAAAAAUCCAUUCACUUCACCAAAUAUUCAUUCGAAUGGAUCGAAUAGUUUUAAACAAAUUCAUGUCAUUCCAGAUAAGGCGUAUAAAAUGAUGGUUGGUAAUGCUCAACAACAAAUGAAUGAGAAAAUUCAUGAAAUUGAACAACAACAACAACAAUCGAAAAAGAAAUCUCUGAUUCGUUCCAUGAAGGAUUAUAGAAAGAACAAGUUGGAAAGUUUGAAAAAUAAGUUGAGAGAACAACGAACUUUGUUUAUGCAGAAUCAUCAUCAUCACGGUCACUCCAAUGAUGGGACUUCCCUUAAAUGUACAAAUAUGGAAACUAUGCAACAUUUGACAGCUCAGCAGGCAAGCUCUUCUUUUUCAAGUACAGGAAGUGAUAAAAAGAAAUCUCCAGCACGUAAGAGAAAAUACGAUGAAACCGAUGAAAAUCUUCAAGGAGGUGCCAGUAUGGUUCGUUCUUUAGGAGCUGUUUUAACUCAAAAUCCUUCUCAAGAACCUUCCAUGUUGACUCUAGAAACCAAUUCACGUAAAGAUUUACAAAGUUCCAAUGCUCUACCUGCUCAAUCUGCUUUACUAAAUUCCUUCAUGCAAGAUCAAGAUGAAGGAUUGAAUCCUGUUGACAGUGAUCAUGACAAUGACGAUGACGACCAUAGUAUCAAUGAAGAAGUAAUUGUUGAAGAAGAACACAAAAUGGUCGAAUCUCCAACGAAAAAGUUGAAAUCUGAUCAGGGAAGACCAUUAUGGAGUCGUUUGAAGAAAGCUCUCACUCGAAAACCAAAUAUUUUGAAUGAAAAUGAGAAUUCGAAAAUGAGUGGAAGUGUAUUGAAGAGAAAACUUUCAAAGAAGAGUUUAAUGUUGGCCAAACAAAAGCAAAAUAGUGCAUCGGGUGAGGUGACAUCGACAAGUGCUUCGAAUUUGAUUUCGUAUGCUGUGGAUCAGGAACAUCAGUCAAAUGCCAAUGUGUCUAAUCAAGGUCCUUUGAAGAAACAAAAGAGUUUUGGAGAGCAUUACUUUUCAUCACUCGUUCAUGGUUUUCGACACAAAGAUCAUUCUGAAAGUUCAUCAAAUCCAACUUGUGAAGAUGACAUGAAAUUGAAAAAUCGACAAUUUCAAAUUCAAGACAAUCUUCAAGAAAAGUUCAUGACCAACAUGAAAGAAACAUUUACCACGGGAGAGAAUUUAACCACCAUCUACCAACCACCUCUUCUUCUUGAUUCUCAAUUGUCAAAUGUCACUCAACCAUUUAAGGUUCCUUCCCUUAAUUUGAAAAGUGUUCCACCUCUCUCCCUCAAGACUUUGGAGAAUACACACAACCUUCAAAACACUCCACGUGGUAAUGCUGCUGAAGAAAUGAUUGUUCCAAUUCCAUCUGCAUUGGAAGAAUCUCGAGAAAAAUCAUUUUCAUAUAAUUUUGUUGAAACCAUUCAUACACCUCAUCAUCGAGAGUAUUUUAUCAAACAUUGUGAAAAGGAAUACAAUUCAGAGAAUAUUGAAUUUUGGUGUGAGGUGAGACUUAAAUAUGAGUUUUUGAGGAAUCGAGCUCAACGGUAUGAACAUGCAAUCAAGUUAUUGAAUGGUUAUGUCGAGUUGACUUCUGACAAGGCCAUCAAUAUUGACAAAAAAUCCAUUCUUCUUGUGAAAACACGAGUCAAGGAUGAAACGGAUGAUUUAGUAGAUUUAUUUGAACCUAUUACCAAACAUAUUGAAACAGUCAUGCAAGAUGCUUUUAAAAGAUUUCAACUUUCACCUCUUUAUCAAGAAAUGAUUUCACACCACAAACAAUUAUUGGAAAAGAAUAGUAUUGGACCAACCUCUACGGAUUUAGAUACACCAAGAGGAGCUCAUGCAAAUUUCAAAUCAAAGGUCAUUAACUUUUUAUCACCAAAAGGAAUUUUACAUCAUUGA